AUGUCUAAUGAAAAAGUUUGUCAACGACUUUAUCUUGGUCUUGAUUUGAGUACACAACAAAUCAAAUGUAUUGUAAUUAAUGAACAAUUACAAACAAUUGCUGAAGAAGCAAUUAGUUUUAAUGAUAAAUCAUUACUUGUUCAUCAUGUUCAACCAAAUGGUUUUAUUGUUGAUAAAAAUGAUAAUCGUUGUGUAACAACACCAGUAUUCGUAUUUCUAGAAGCACUUGAUGUAUUAUUUCAAAAUUUAAGUAAGCAACAAAAGUUUGAUUUUUCAAACAUUGUUGGAAUAUCAGGAUGUGGACAACAACAUGGUAGUGUUUAUUGGAAAACUAAAACAGAAUUAGAAAAUUUAAAAAAUUUUCAUAUAACAACUGAUGUUGAUACAGAAAAAUCUAACGAAAAAAAUUUAUAUCUUGUUGAUCUUUUAAAAUCAUCAUUUUCACGUAUUAAUUGUCCAAUUUGGAUGGAUUCAUCAACAACAGAUGAAUGUCAAUUAAUUGAAAAAUCUGUUGGUAAUGCACAAAAUCUUUUUCAAAUAACUGGUUCAAAAGCAUAUGAACGAUUUACUGGUAGUCAAAUAAUGAAAGUAGCUAAUAAGACACCUGAAAUUUAUGAACAAACAGAACGUAUUCAAUUAAUAAGCAAUUUUCUUGCCAGUAUUUUACUUGGUGAAUAUGCUCCUAUUGAUUUAUCUGAUGGUUCCGGCAUGAAUUUACUUGAUAUUCGUCAAUUUAAAUGGUCAAAAGAAUGUUUAAAUAUUUGUGGAAAAGAUUUAGAAAAGAAACUUUCCGAAAAACUUGUUCAUCCAAGAACAGUACUGGGAACAAUUUCAAAAUAUUUUGUUGAACGUUAUGGUUUUAAUAGUCAAUGUCAGAUUGUAUCAUUUACAGGAGAUAAUCCAUCAUCAUUUUAUGCAUUAGCAUCUGAUUCAAAAACGGUUGUCAUCAGUUUAGGUAAAUAUGGUCAAGCCUUUCGUGACGCACUUCCCAUAUAUGGAGACGGUGGUUUUAUUCCUCUGACACAGAUAUCGAAUUAA